UUUUAGAGAAAGAAAAAAAAAAGAAGAAGAAGAAGAAGACAAACGUCAGGCGAGACGUAAGCGGUACGGGUGAAGCGACAGAAUCAGUAAUAUUUGAUUUAUUAUGUACCUACCACAGGAAUGGGGCCUUUCUUCUACACAGUGUCUGGUCCAAAACAGCAGCCUCAAAUGAGACAUACGGCAUUAUAAAGAUACGCUCAACUCCAACUGCCACUCAGCAAACCAACACUCAGCUCUCUUUCUCUUUCUCUGGUUUGGUUGAAGCCUUGAAGGACUAAUUAUCAUCAAGAACAAUGGCGGAAAUGAAGAGAAUAAAGCUGGGAUCACAGGGCCUAGAGGUGUCAGCACAAGGACUUGGAUGCAUGGGCAUGUCCGCCUUUUACGGGCCUCCAAAGCCUGAACCCGAUAUGAUCGCUCUCAUCCACCACGCAAUCAACUCCGGUGUUACUUUUCUCGACACCUCCGAUGUCUAUGGACCCCACACUAAUGAAAUUCUUCUGGGCAAAGCUCUUAAAGGAGGGAUGAGAGAGAAAGUGGAAUUGGCCACUAAAUUCGGCAUAAUUUUUCAAGAUGGGAAGAGAGGGAUUAAGGGUGAUCCAGCUUAUGUAAGAGCUGCUUGUGAGGCUAGCUUAAAGCGUCUUCAAGUUGAUUGUAUUGAUCUUUAUUACCAACAUCGCAUUGAUACUUCUGUUCCCAUUGAAAUCACGAUGGGGGAAUUGAAGAAACUAGUUGAAGAGGGUAAGAUAAAGUAUAUAGGUCUAUCCGAGGCCUCUGCUUCAACAAUCAGAAGAGCUCAUGCUGUUCACCCGGUAACGGCUAUCCAGUUAGAGUGGUCCUUAUGGUCGAGAGAUAUCGAGGAAGAGAUUGUUCCUACUUGCAGAGAACUUGGAAUUGGAAUUGGAUACAGUCCUUUGGGCCGAGGAUUCUUUUCACUAGGGACUAAGUUGGUUGAAAGCUUUUCUGAGGUUGACUUUCGAAAGCAUCUUCCUAGAUUCCAACCUGAAAAUCUGGAGCAUAACAAACACCUUUUUGAGCGUGUUAACGAAAUUGCAGCGAGGAAACAAUGCACUCCAUCACAACUAGCACUUGCCUGGGUCCAUCACCAAGGAGAUGAUGUCUGCCCCAUUCCAGGAACCACCAAGAUAGAAAACUUCAACCAGAACAUCGGAGCUUUGUCUGUGAAACUCACACCAGUAGAAAUGGCUGAGCUUGAAUCCAUUGCCUCUGCAGAUGCUGUAAAAGGCGAUAGAUAUGAUGGAAAUAUGGCUACAUACAAGUUUGCCGAUACUCCACCACUAUCUUCAUGGAAAGCUGCAUAGAGGCAUGUCGUUUAGCGCGUGUGUUUUGAACCUCUGCAUUUUAAGGUUGUCUUUGGUGUUUCGUAUACCAUUUAGACUGACGACAUAUUUCUGUUAAAAUUUUUCAUGUAACCUAUGGUAGAAAAGAUAAUGUCACCAUUAUUCUCUGUCAAAACAUUAUCCUAUACUCCUAAUAAAAUUUAAGGAAUAAUAUCAUCUGCUUAGCACUAA